AUGGGGUGCACCAGUAGCAAACAGGAGAUUGACCAUCCGGCCACAACAUCAUCGACGCUAUCUCGUCCUCCAACUAGGACGCCCUACACCCCUCGUAAGGGUGCCCCUCUUGAUGCCACUGGUGCUGUUAGUGCUUCGACCACUGCAUCUGGCAGGGACCAGCCACAGGAAGUCGAAAAGUCAUCGGCGUCGUCAACUCCUCCUACCACAGAAGAGUCCUCUACCAAGCGUAGGGAGAGGGAUGAGUUUGAUUUUAGUAGCGGCGAUGAAGAUACUGUUAGAAGAGCCCCCCGGCCCAAGCGUAAAGGUGACGGACUCAUACCGCCUUGGGAUGAAGUGGCCGAGCGACAGAGGGCCUUGGAGGAUCGACAGAGAAUAAGAAGGGAAAGGGAGAUGCUACGAAUGCAGCAACAGCAACAGCAGAUGGAAGGUGGUCAGAAUGAUGAUGUCGACGAUUCGAUAUGA